AUGGGGGCGGAGAAAUGGCAGAUAGAGUUUAACCCAGACAAAUGUGAGGGGUUGCACCUUGGUGCGGCAAAUGGAGAUCCUGGUGUGCCAGGUGCAGCAGGAACUCCUGGAAUUCCUGGUGAUUUGGGAUCGAAAGGAGCAAAGGGUGACCAGGGAAAUCCAGGUUCAGCUGGCCCACCGGGAUUUGGCAUUAAAGGAGUGCCAGGAAAACAGGGUGAACCUGGUAAAAGGGGACCCAGUGGUUUUCUUGGAUAUCCUGGACCAGCUGGACCUACUGGACCCAAGGGGGAGCCUGGUCUGCGUGGUGAGGUUGGAUUACCAGGACCUGCAGGAAAAGGGGUUGCAGGACCAAAGGGGGAUCGAGGGCCACCAGGGCCACAAGGUCCUAUUGGGGACCCAGGGGUUGGCUUAACGGGACCCAAGGGACGUCAUGGAGAUCCUGGAUUACCUGGACCAGCUGGAGCCAAAGGAGAUGGUUAUCCUGGCCCUCAGGGUGUACCAGGACUGCCAGGUCCACAUGGUGAUCCAGGAAAUGAUGGCAAAGGUUUUCCCGGACCAAAGGGUGAAAAUGGCCCUCCAGGACCACCAGGCCCAGUUGGAAUUCCAGGAAAAGGAUAUCCUGGUGAAAAGGGCUCGAUUGGAAGGAUGGGUUUUCCUGGCCCAAAGGGGCCCCAAGGAAAUAGCAUACAAGGACCAAAGGGAGCGCCAGGAUCUCCUGGUUUGAUGGGUCCUAGAGGGCCAGUAGGUGAAGGUAUACCAGGACAAAAGGGAGAUCGUGGAUAUCAAGGAGAAAGAGGGAGUAAAGGAAACAAAGGUGAUGAAGGAAUCCCUGGCAUUGAUGGCAAUCCAGGAAAGAAGGGUGAGAAGGGUGAACCUGGUUUCACAAGAGAGGAAGUAAUCAGGUUGAUUAGAAUGAUCUGUGAGUGUGGAAGGAAAUGCAAAGAGAAACCUGUUGAACUGGUAUUUGUGAUAGACAGUUCUGAAAGCGUUGGACCUGAAAACUUUGAAAUUGUUAAAGAGUUUGUCGGUGCUCUGAUAGACCGAGUUACUGGCAACAGAGAAGCUAUCCGGAUUGGUGUAAUAGUUUACAGCCUUGAAGCUGAAGUAAUCAUUCACUUAUGGCAAGGCGUAAAUCUGGAGAAAGUCAAAACAUUAAUCCAGGACAUGCAAUACUUAGGAGAAGGCACCUACACUGGAACUGCCAUAGAAACAGCAAAUCAAGUUUUCAAGUUAGCUAGGAAAGAAGCACGCAAAGUGGCAAUAGUAAUAACUGAUGGACAGACGGACAUGAGAGAUCCAACAGAUCUGGAAAUAGCAGUGAAAGAAGCCCAUUCUGUACACACAGAGGUGUUUACAAUUGGGAUAGCCAAUGCAACAGAUCCUUUCUACUCUAAUUUUAAGAAUGAAAUGAAUCUGAUUGCAUCUGACCCUGAUGAGGAACAUGUUUAUCUCAUUGAUGACUUUUUGACUCUUCCAACUCUUGAAAGUAAACUGUUUGUCAGGAUCUGUGAGCCAGAAGACAAUCCACUGUUCAGUUCAGUUUCUAGUUCCACGCUCCCUCCUGGUGUAUCACCUGCCUUCAGUCCAGUUUAUCCAACACCAGCCUCUGACAACCUACACGUCAACAUUGUGCAUGAGGAUGACCUAUACAUCACAGAGCGCAGCUCUCCAGGAAUUAGCGCAAUCAAACUAGAGACAAAUGGCAGUGAGGAAUUGCUUACGAGGCAGAAAGAAGCACUUCCACUUCCAAGACUACAGGGACCACUUGGAAGGCCUGGAGAAGGGCCUGGACCUACUGACCAAGGUGUACUGCAAAAGUCAAAUCCUUCCACUGUUCCACCAAUAUUCACUACAGCAGAAGUGCUGGAGGAGGAAGUUCACAAAGAUCUGGCCUGUGAUGAACCACUUGAUCAAGGGCCAUGCAGAAGUUAUGUUAUUAAGUGGUACUAUGAUACUGCAGCUAAUUCAUGUGCACAGUUCUGGUAUGGAGGAUGUGGAGGAAAUCAGAAUCGCUUUCAGACUCAGGAUGAAUGCCACAGCAAAUGCUUAAAGUUUACAGAGGAGUGAAUAGAAGGAUUAAUUUCUAAAGUCUUUAAGGAGAAUCCUUGUGACCUGGAGAAAAUUCACCACUCUGCAGAACCUAAAACAUUCUCUUAAUUUGGAGCUAAUUAUAUUAUUUUUUGUGUUGCAGAGAGUUGAAGCACAAAAUAAAAUUGGAUUUAAAAGUCAGUAGUUAAUAAAACACAGUAAAGACUGCUAUAACAAAAUGUACUUACAAUCUGUUGCGUUCUCCUAGUUCAGCCAGAUCAACUUUCAUUUGACGAGAAAGAUAUUAUCAACAGAAUUUCUUGUGGGUAAAAUUCCCCCAAAUUAUUCCUGUUACCAGAGGCACUCUCUCUAGAUUACUUCGAAUUGAAUAGAAUUUCACAGCAUUGAUAUAAGACCUUUAGUCCAACAAUCCUAUGCUAGUGUUAUUGCUCCAUCCACAUUUACCGCUUUACUAAUUCAUUCAGCUUUAAUGGCAUAACUCUUCAUUCCUGCUUCCAUGUGCUUAUUUAAAAUCCCUUUAAAUGCAUCUAUGUUAUUCAUCUUGUGUUGGCCUGAUCCAAUGACGGAAGACUGGAACACUGUUUAAAUCCCACCAUAGACAACGGGGGGAUUUAAGUUCAGUUAGAAAUGUCCGGAAUUAAAAAAUAAUUUCAUUAUCAGUGACCACAAAAUAUUUGGAUUUUUAUAUAUGUUAAUCUGAUUCAUAAGUCUUCUGGGAAAGCUACUCUUAGCCAGAACUGUAUGUGAUUCCAGAACUACAAUGAUAUGAUUGAUUUGGAAUUGUCCUCCCAAUGGCUUUGUAAGCCAUUCACUUGGCAAAAAGGAAACUUAUCCCCCUGUUCUCAAGGGCAAUUGUGGAUAGUCUCCCCAGGGACAUCCGCAUACACAUACUGUGAAUAUAUUUCAAAAUUAUGCCAGUGUAUUCCACAUUCUGUUGGUAAAAUGUUCGUUCUGAAUUCAUGUUCUCUAGCUUUGGACACCUCUCUUCCUCAAAGCUUUCACUUUAAUUGUUGUAAGGAAUUGUAACAAACUCUAUCAGUACACCCUUCUAAAAAUUAAAG